AUGGAAAACAACAAAACAACGCGGUCGAAAUCAAGCGCGCGCAAAGACCCUGACGUACUUCCAGGUGGCAGUUCUUCAAACCUUGCGAACCCCGUAAAGGGAGCAGAGACAAACCCUCCUAAGGGAGCAGAGAUAAACAUCAUCGCCCCCACGAGCGAGCCUCCUGACAGCGAUGGAGAAGGAUCCGUCGAUCUAAUUGCUAAAAACCCAAUCCUAUCGAUAGAGACCAUGAAAGAUGUCAUCACAAACACAUCAGUCCCACCAGACGAAGAUUUAGCCGCCGAACGCUCAUACGUUUGGACAAAGAUGAAAGAGGCACAAGCGAUUGGCGACAAAGUUUUAGCGAGAAUCCUCCUAAAAGCCUACAGCGAUUUAGAACCAACGGUAGGCGAAGGUCCGCCCAAAUUGACCAGAUCCAUCUCGGCCCUCCCAGUGAUGACGCAUUUGUCAGAAGACACCUCACCGUCAAAGAAAAUCAUGCUUGAAACUGAAACUGAGCUGGAAGACAAUUUGGUCUACGCGGUAGGCGCGGUUACGAGUCAUCAAGACAUCGGGUUUACCCCAUACUUCGACGAUAAUAUAAAGAAGCUGAAAGCACCUUUACCUUUGACCAUAUUCGAUAGAGAGUGGCAAAAGAAGGCUUUGACAGCCCAUUUAAUGCUGAAACCAUCAAAGAACUCAGAUGAUAAAGCAUACAGAGGCCUAGCUUAUCACGACGAAUGGACUCAGUCUCAUUCUACUUGGACGAAUAAUCAUCGGUCGUUUUACAUCACCUUGAGAGACGUCUAUAAUAAAGGCAUAUUCGCGGAGAAACUUAGGAUUCACAAAGAAAAUUGCGACGCGAUUUCAGAUGUCUACGGAUUCAUGACAGCUUUUCGUUACGACAUGCAAAUACGUAUGAACGCAUUCGCUCAUCGACUACCGUCAAAAGACGGGGCGGCGAUUCCUGACAUUUCGGUUAAACAAUCAGUCGUGGUAGAACAGUGUUAUAGUAUUGUCCGCUCUUACGGUGAAGCUGCCUGGAAAGAUAACCUAUACGCCCCGGGAUCGUCUCAUGCAGCCUACGACCCAGACACCGGCGCGAAGAGACCUGAAUUGAUCAAAUCAGUAUCUUACCCGUCCAGCCAGCAACACCAGAACACCGCGUUUUCGGGUCGCGGGAAUCACCAAGAAAGGAGGAAAGAAAAGAGAUGGAAUAAUCAAACUAUCGGUUGGGGCCAUGGCUAUAAUUAUUUCAAUCACGGAGGCGACUAUCAACAACCGACGUACAGUAAUUACAACAACAGCCAAUAUAAUAAUCCCGGAUCACACGGACCCGGUAACACCUUUCAAGAUUUCAACCAACAUCAGCAAUACAAUCGCGGAAAUCCCAGCUAUAGCGGUGGUAAUAAUGCUGGUUACAGUGGUGGGAAUCAUAUGUCCGGUGCUGGAGACAGUCGCAAGCGCUUCAGAGGUAGUGUAAAUAACUCACAUGAAGGCGGUGAGAAAGGCCCAGGGGGGAAGUUAGGGAAUCAAUCUGGAGGGAAACAAAUGCUUUGGCCGGAAGAAAUAAAAUGCGAAAUGAAUUUGGCUGAGUGGCAACUGGCCCUCGCAGAAGCAAAUUUGUUACCUGAGCUAAACCACGUACUAGAAGGUUUUAGAUUUGGUUUCGACCAAGGGAUACCUAUCCAUAAGAUAGGUAAUCUACGGUGGUAUACUCCAGACAACCACUCCUCAGCUUGCGAAGCAGCAGAAAAAAUACAGAAAUCGAUUGAAGAGGAGGUGGCGAGCGGGAGAAUGUUCGGACCCUACUCGCACGAGGAAGUAGCGCAAAGAUUCUCGUUCUUCAGAACAAGCCCGUUAGGGUCGGUCGUGAACGCAGACGGUAAAAUGCGGCCGAUUAACAACCUAUCUUACCCAAAAGAUGAUGCGGAAGUAAAGUCGGUGAACUCCUUUGUUAAUAAACACAACUUCUCAACGACCUGGGAUGAUUUCAAAACUGUCUCUUCUUUCUUCAGAAACAAUGAUGGUAUUUAUAAGCUAGCGUUAUUCGACUGGGCUAAAGCUUAUAGGCAAAUUCCGACAUUAAUGUACCAAUGGCCAUUCUUAAUGGUGAAAGACUUGAGUGGGGGGCUUUAUAUAGACACUAGAAUAACGUUUGGCGGGGUCGCCGGUUGCGGGUCGUUUGGCGUACCUGCAGACGCUUGGAAACGCAUAAUGGAACAUGAAUUCGACGUAAUAAAAAUUUUCCGAUGGGUCGAUGAUAAUCUUUUCGUGAAGAAAGUCGACUCAAAAUGCAAGAUGCAAGAGAUCACCGAGAGAUCAGUCAAAUUAGGAGUAGCAACUAGCAUCGAGAAAUGCUCAGAUUUCGACGAUGAACAGAAAUUCAUCGGUUUCAUCUGGAACGGAGCCGUGAAGACUGUCAAGUUACCAGAGAAGAAAUUGGCAAAAAGGAAAGAACAAAUUCAACAUUUCCUCGUUGAAGGCGCAGAGUUCAAAUUCAAUGACGCCGAAAUCCUGGCAGGACGUCUCAACCACGUAUCCUUCAUCCUACCUCAGUUAAGGUGUUACAUUCGAAGCAUCUACAGAUGGAUGAACCAAUGGAAAAAGCGUUGGGCGAGAAGGCAAAUCCCGGAAGACGUGAAAGGGGAUUUGGAAUUUUGGUUAUCGACUCUGAAUAAUUAUAACCACACAAGAUUAUGCCCCGUGGCUGACGCACGUGAGAUACAUUGGGUAGGUGACGCCUCGACGAGCUUCGGGAUAGGGGUCUUAAUCGGCCAAAGGUGGACCCAACUCAGGUUAAAAGAAACCUGGCGGAUAGCAACCCCACCACGAACGAUUGCCUGGCUGGAGACCGUCGCCAUUCGCAUAGGGGUCUUAAUGUUACAAGAGAUACGCGGAGAUACAAAGGGGUCCAACUUCAUCGUGUAUACCGAUAACACUACAACGGAAAGCGUGUUGACAUCGCGGAAGUCAAAAGAUCAUCAUUCCAACGAAGAAUGGAAAAUGAUCCAACACCUAUUAAUCAGCACCGAAAUGGAUUUGACCCCGUUAAGGGUCAUUUCGGCGGAAAAUAGCGCAGACGGGCUAUCCAGAGGCGUACAACGCCCACAUACAGCGGUAAACAGGGUCUGGAUAAACAUUCCAAAAGACCUUCAGGAAUUCAUGUUUCACGCCUGA